CACUCGUUGCCACGACAGUGUGAGUCGGCACGUGACGCGACGCAACGCGACGCGACGCGCCGCGUCUGUCGAAUCGACGUCGGUUUUUCGAAGAAAAAAAGAGAAAUAAAAAAAGUGCUUUUUACAGAACAAAAAGGAGACGAAUCGAUCUCGCGAGUGUAUCGUUUGCGCCCGAAAAAAAUAUGAGUGUUCGCGAGCGCCGGUCCGGAGUCUAUCUCGCAUCACUCACGAGCGCCUGGUGGACGCGUUAAAAAAAUCGGAGUGCCAAGGCCUCUGGAGGGGGCCUUUGCCGAUUUAACGAGAUAGGAAUUCGUGGCUGGACCCUUCCAGGUCGCGUCGGCAUGGCGAGCAUAGCGGCCGCCGGUCUCGAGGUGCACGAAGCGGGCCGGGCGUUACGCGUGCAAACGGAAACACCGCAUCUCGUCUCCAUGGGAAGCGGUCGACUGUCGACGGCCGUGACUUUACAUCCUUUACCCGAAGGUAAGAUCACGCUUGGAUCAAACCGAGAUGCGGACAUUUUGGUGGCCGGUACCGGCGUCGAACCCGUGCAUUGUGCUAUCGAGAAUAAUAAUGGUGUGGUCACUUUGUAUCCCAUAAAUGGCAACACAUUUGUCGAUGGUGUAUCGAUAAAUUCGCCAGUGAGACUCGCGCAAGGUUGUAUGCUAUCAAUAGGUCGGUCGAACUACAUGCGUUUUAAUCAUCCAGCCGAGGCUAAACACCUACGAUCUGUCUUUCCCCACUCGAGAAUCUCAAUGGCGCCGAUAAGUUUCGCUCUUCCCGAUGGUCAGCCGCAGGAGAAUCAUCACUUGGAGCGAAAGCCGCCAGUUGCACCGCGGAAAUCUCCCAGGAACUCUUGCUCCGACGACGAGAUGGGUUUUCUAAGUAAGCUGACCAAGUUCGAGAUGUUGUCGAAGCAAAACAGAACCAAUUGCGUUUCGCCGAAGGUUUUUCCCGUCGGUGCUCUCACGACGAAUGUACCAGCCGACCAAAUCCUCGGUCAUUCGAGAUCGUCGAGUCUGGUAUCCUUGACGAAAUCUCCGGUGAACGGUUUCACCGUGAACGGUAACGUCGACCCGGCCUCGCAAAACUCGAUCGGUUAUCACGACGAGGCUCGUAAGCGAUCGGACUCGCGUCUCAGUACGCCAACUCGAACGAAUGCAGUCAAUUUGCAGUGCCAAAAUCAUAAUCAGAUUAGGAUGUACGCGGCAGAGACGUACCUGAAAACGUGCAAACCGCAUCAAGAGAAUAACAACAAAAACGCACGAUCGCCGUCUUUUGGGAUGACUUCUCCAAAGAUCGUCACCACUCGAAGCGACGACUUGAUGUCUCGAAGUAUGACUUGUCAGAGCUCGAACGAACUCGAUCAUCUCGUCGACAGAGACUUCGAUAUGAGCCAAAGCCUUAUCGUCACGAAAACGACUACCACAGAGUUUCUGCAACUGGAGAAAUACGGAUCGAAUCCGAGUAUCUGUAACGCUAAAACCAGCGGAGAUGCUAACGUCGGAAUCUUGAGGCCAUCCACCGCUCACGGGUUCGGCUCGAAUCCAAAUGUUAAGCGAAUUCUGCCACCAAGUCCGGCAUUUAAUCGGAAUCCAAGAUAUAGCGAACAAAAGAGAAUAUGCGCGAGGGUCAAGAGUCCUACCCCAAGUGUCGGCAGCAAUUGCUCCCUUGAAGAAUUGCGAGAAAGGCAAGCAGACGCGGAGAAUAAACGCAGGGAGGCGGAGACCAAGCGGAAACAAGCGCAGGAAGAGAGGUUGCGGGAGCAAGAGGUCGAGAGGCAAGAGAAAAUGAGGCUCGAGGAGAUCUUGGCAAUGUGUGCCGAAUACGAAAGACAAAGCACCGUCGAAAAGCCGAGGCAGCCUAAUCGAAUCAUAACAAACGGAUCUCUUCCGCGUGACAAGAGACUUGGCUAUACUUCAUUCGACAGUCCGAAAAGCCCGUCGAAAAAUCAACCGCAUUUCUCCUUCGAUGUUGGCAAGCAAAAUUGGAGUACCUCGUCGUACGAGAACAUAUCUGUGCAAAAUUCUAAAGUCACCUUUCAAAAUGGCAAUUCGCCCGCCAGUCGUAAGGAUCAAUCUGCUCAAGUUGAAAAUCAUUCGUGUGACGUUUCCGUAGGAUCGCUACAUGCAACUACACCGAGUAGUAGUCAAUCGGCGAAGUACUCUAAUGCUCAUAGUACGAAUGGCAGCUACUUUUCAGGCUCAGUUUCUCGUGGCGGCAACUACGAAAACGUUAUCAUCGGCAAUAAUGAUAAAAAGAGCGGCAGUUACACCGGAGGAACGGGGAACUGUAUAAAGGCUGAUGACGAUACCAAAGGCUCGCCGUCCGCGUACGGAACUAUUCGACUGAACGGAGCGAAAAUCGAACCACAACAAGCGACACAUAACGGGAACGCGAGUAUUUACGAAAACAUCGUGUUAUCUCCGACGCGGAAUAACAAUCAGAACCAUUCCAUGCCAAAGAAAAACAGUCAGUUGUCAAAUUCGUGUGAGAUGAUAGAAAACAAACUGGCCAUAUCGAACGACGAUCUUCUUGAGGCGAUCGAGCAAUUGUCGAUGCUCUCGAAAUCCAAAGAAAUCUGCGUGACACCUAAGCGAAACAAUUCUGAAAUCGAUAAUACGAAGUCCAACGAAGCGAAAGCCGACAAAGAGAGAAAACAGCUGGAAGAGGAAGACAGGAAAAAAUACAUAGAAUUUUUGCAGAACGAAAAGUUACACGUUCUUGGCAACAUGGAUGCUUUGAAAAGAAGUGUCGCCGAAAUUGAAAUUCAAGAGGAAGAAAUUAGUAGAGAGCUCGAAUUGGAGAAAGCGCUUUUAUCCGCGGAGUAUGAAUCGGAAUCCCUGAAGCUCACGCAAGAUGAAGGAGAGAGGAUAAAGGUGCAAAUGCGAAUAAAUGAGCUGGAGAGAGAAAUGGCGGAGGAUAAUGCGACUCAUUCGAAUUUGCAAGCUGAAGCGAAACAACGUGUUCAAAAGGCACAACAAGCUUGCGCUCGGUUAGACGAACAAUUGACCAAUUGCACGGAUGAGAUUAUGCAGCUGGAUAUCACGAACGAGUUAGCGACACAACAAGAUAUCUUAGAGAGCGAAAGAAAAGCUUUCGAGGACUUGGAGUUUCAUCAUCUCGAAGAAGAAGCGAGUAAAUUGGCCACGAGAGAAGAGCUACAAAGAUACUUGAGCGACCUCACAAGCAAGAUCGAAGGCAGAAAAUUGCAAUUAACUCAUCUAGAAUCGCAGCGGUCCGAGGCAAAGAACACGGCGACCAAAGAGGCUAGAAGUCUUGAGAGACAAAAAUUGGGACACUUGAAGCGAUUAGAAGAAGCUCGAAAUCGAGUACAAGAGAUAAAUGAAGAACUCGGCUAUCUGGCCCAAAACUCUGCUGAAUAUUCCGAAGAAAAACGGUCACCGAGUAGAGAAGACUUUGACAGAAUCUCCAGAGUGACCAACGAUUCUCCUAUCGUAAACAAUCAAGGCAGCUUAGGAAGAAAGACAAUCGAAUCGCUGAAAGAAAUCGAGAGAAAUCGGCAACUGCACUUAGCUAAACAAGGGAGUCAAGUAAUCUCGGAAGAGAGACGUAGAGUCGAAGAAUUGAAAAGACGAGUACAGGAUGAAGUCCGUUCGCAGUGGGAAGAGAGAAAAAUGAACUGUGCGUCUUUUAACAGCGUUGAAUCUGGCGAAGAAUCUUCCAGUUAUUCCACUGGACCAACAGAAAGUGGUAGCGGAAGCACUGACGGUGCGGAAGGUGGAAACAGCGAAAAAUUAUCUCCUAGCAAACUUUCGGAACUUACUUCAUCCAGUCCGGGACCGUCGAAUAAUUCUUAUAGUUUACUUCAAAAUGACAACAUGAGAGACGACAGGCGAACAUCGAUGGAAGGUGAGAGGCUUAGUGACAAUAGUGGUGGUGGUGGUGGUGGCGGUGGUGGUGGCGGAAUUAUCGACGGAAAUGGAAGCCGCCCCCUUUCUCAGACAUCUAGCGAGAUGGAUACCCUUGGACCAUUGCAAUCUGUCAAACAUCGCGAAAAGGCAAAACUUCAGAGGCCACUCACGAGGUACCUCCCGAUCAAAUCUGAAUCCCUGGAUCUACGGCAUCACAUAGAAACUGCCGGGCAUCAGUUACCUCUGAUUUAUGAUGUUACGGUCGAUACAACAAGUUGCAGUGGUUAUUUAUCAAAGAUGAGCAAAAAGUUUCAUCACUGGAACAAGCGAUGGUUCGUUUUUGAUCGCAGGCGGAAGACAUUAUCUUACUACAGCGAUAACACGUCCAGGAAGGCUCGCGGUGUGAUUUACUUCCAGUCGAUCGAGGAAGUCUAUGUGGACCACAUGAACACCGUCCGAUCGCCACAACCGUCCCUCACCUUUAUCGUCAAGACUACGUCAAGACUUUACCAUCUCAUGGCACCCAGCCCGGAAGCUAUGCGUGUUUGGGUGGACGUUGUGUUUACCGGAGCAGAAGGAUAUCACGAGUUUGACCACGGCGUUUGAUCGAUACCUAUUUAUAAAGCAAAUUUCCACGAGAGAAUCGAAUUUUCUAUCUUGACGUAACACGAGAAUAUAGUGAUUUCUGGUCUUUAAUAAUUAUAACGAGAGAUUAUUUCAUAAGAAACUGUGCCUAAAAUCAGAACAAUUCUUAACUAAAAAUAAAUGAAUAAUGCAUAAAGUAAAUAAGAUAUAAAUUAGAAAUACCACAUUGACAUUUUUUACAAUUAAUGUGUUCUGGAAAUGUUUAAUGAUUGUACGUUAUUUUAUAAUAGAAAAUUUCUCCAUACAUUAGAUAAUAUACCUUAUUAGAAAGCAUUUCAAUGUAUGGAAAUGUGAGAACGAUAACUUCAGAAAAUAGAAACAAACGCGAAGAUUGAACUGCUGCUAAAAAAUAAACGAGACAGCUAAACGUAGAUUAAAAAAUGUGUAAGGUAUUUAAAUAACAAAAAUAAGAGAUACUUUAAUUGAAUAUUAUGAAUUUAAAACGUAAUUACUAAACUUUACAUAAUUUUAUUAAUGCAAUGAUAUAAAUUCAGACUACUUUUUGUAGUUUCGCUAGUACUUUUGAGCAGUUUCUUUUUUUUAAACUCGAAGUAAUUUUUUUCCAAGAAUGCCAUAUGCUUGUUCACAAUAGUGAAAGGACUUCGCAAGAAGUCACAGAUAUCACCAUAAAUCAUUAUGUUCAUUUUAAUUUAGAAACAAGAUAAGAUUGAUUUCACAGAAUGAGGUCCUUUGAUUCAUUUCUCUUCUGCAGAAAAAUAAUGGAAUCUAGUAAAUGCAAGACAUACGAAAAAUUAUUUCAAUUGUUUCAGUAUUUGAAGUGUGAUUGAAGAUUUAAAAUGAUUCAUGAUAAUAAUAAUAUAUAUAUAAUAUUAUAUAAUAAUGUACAUAAUA